AUGGUGCAACAGAUGAAUGAAGCAUCACCACCGUCAACUCCUGGGAAGCUAAAACCAGAAAAACCUCAUCACAUUCAUCGCUUCAGAAUCCAUUCUUCACAUUCAAGGCUUACACUAUUCUCCUCUCUUUUCCUCGCUUUUAUUCUCCUUAUUUUCCUUUUUACCUUCACUUCUCCGCCGCCGCCAACCACCGCGCCCCGCCGUGUUUUAGGUGAUUCAUGGGGAGGCUCUCAGUGGGAGCGGCUUGUUUCAAAGUCGGCUCGCCGGAAUUCUGCCUCGGGACAUACUGUUCUUGUUACCGGCGCUGCUGGAUUCGUCGGUACUCAUGUUUCCCUCGCUUUAAAGCGCCGCGGUGAUGGUGUUCUUGGUAUUGAUAAUUUUAAUCGGUAUUAUGAUCCUAACCUAAAACAAGCACGGAAGAGACUUCUCGAACGCGCCGGAGUUUUCGUUGUUGACGGUGAUAUAAACGACGGCCGUCUCCUCAAGAAGCUUUUCGAUGUUGUUCCGUUUACUCACGUGAUGCACCUCGCGGCGCAGGCUGGUGUUCGUUACGCUAUGCAAAACCCUGGCUCGUACGUGCACAGUAACAUCGCUGGUUUUGUGAAUCUUCUAGAAGCUUGUAAAUCGGCGAAUCCUCAACCGGCAGUUGUUUGGGCUUCGUCGAGUUCCGUUUAUGGUUUGAAUUCGAAAGUUCCGUUUUCGGAGAAAGACCGAACGGAUCAACCGGCGAGCCUUUAUGCUGCGACGAAGAAAGCUGGUGAAGAAAUUGCGCAUAGUUAUAACCAUAUCUAUGGGCUUUCGAUAACUGCGUUGCGAUUUUUCACAGUUUAUGGACCUUGGGGUAGACCUGACAUGGCUUAUUUCUUCUUCACCAAGGAUAUUUUGAAGGGGAAGGUGAUAACAGUGUAUGAAUCACCAGAUGGUGGAAGUGUGGCUAGGGAUUUCACUUACAUUGAUGAUGUUGUGAAGGGUUGUUUAGGGGCUUUGGAUACUGCUAAGAAGAGUACCGGUAGUGGUGGAAAGAAAAAGGGUUCAGCUCAAUUUAGGGUUUUCAAUUUGGGGAAUACUGCACCUGUUCCUGUGAGUGAGCUUGUUGCUAUAUUGGAGAAGCUUUUGAAGGUUAAGGCAAAGAAGAAGAUUCUUCCUAUGCCGAGAAAUGGCGAUGUUAAGUUUACUCAUGCUAAUAUUAGUUUGGCUCAUAGGGAUCUUGGUUAUAUACCCACCACUGAUUUGGAAACAGGGUUGAAGAAGUUUGUGAAGUGGUAUCUUGAGUUUUAUUCUACUGGGUUUUACAAGAAGGGAUCUUGGUGA